AUGCUGGCCGCUUUCGUCUCUACCGCCCUCACUGCAGCGGCUGCACUCUCCUUUGCUACGGCAGUUUCUGCGACGCCGGCGACGCUCGACAAACGCAUUAACUUCCGGUCCUGCUCCGUGGCUCAGCAGGAUCAGGUCGUCGCCGGGGUCGCUGAGGCCCAGCGCUACGCUGACGAUGCGGUCCGUAACCUCCAGACCAAGCCAGACACAAGCCGCUUCCGGGCCUGGUUCGGCGACUUCGACACUGCGCGCCACGAGACUGUGCUAGAAAACUUUAGGAAAAUAGCUAACAGCCGAUUUGGGUCCUACACGUACGACUGCGCGUGCGACAGUCCCUACAGCUUCGGUCAAGUGCGCCCGGAAGAGUUCGGCGUCAUCGGCAUCUGCCCCCGCUUCUGGGAUGCGCCGGCAACAGGGACAAACUCGAAGGGCGGCGUGCUGGUCCAUCUUGCCUCUCAGUUUAAAAGCCUCGCCGCCACGGACAUCCUCUUCCCCGGGAAAGACGCCGCUUUCAACAUUGCGAUGCGCGACCCUGCCAAGGCCCUUGCCAACGCAGCCAACUAUGAAUACUUCGCUGAGAAUGAUGCGCCGACACGGGAUUGA